GUGCUCUUCGGUCCCAUGAGCCAUGUGCUUUUUGUUGAUAAAUAAAAGUAAUAUAAAGUGAAAAAAGUCUUCAAGAUGGGAAAGCGAAGAACCAAUAAGAAACCUAAAGUUACAGAAGUUGUCGUAGAAAAUGUCACACCUAAAAGGAUUACAGCGUACAGCGCCUUCCAAGAGAAGAAUAGAAUACCUAGAUCAGCAAAACUGCCAAUAUCUGCUGGCAAGAAAAAGAAUAAGGCAAAACUAUCUGCCAAAAAAGUGAAGGAGGCUGUAAAGAUGGAAUCCGAUUUGAAGGCAAAAGUGUCUAUUCCGUCCAAGAGUCAGAGUCCUAAUCUGUAUGCCCGGAGUUUUUUCAAGAUAUUGGGUGGGAAGCCUGCCAGUAAACAAGUAGAGUCUAUAUCUAUUGUUAGUGAGAAACUACCAGGUGCUACCAAGAAAGACGAGGUUGAUAAACAAGUUGUCGGUUCUGAUGGAAAAAAGGGCAAAAGGCAGAGUAGGGGAAGGAAAAAUGUCCCUGUGAAAGAAAGCCCGCGUAGAUUUGAUCCCAGUGUGUUUGAAGCUGGGAAAACUGAGCUGGAUAGGGCUGUGCCACAAACUGCUGUGACAGAGGUUGGCAUUUCAAAGGUGGGCUGUGAUGGUGGUGAUGUCAGGAAAGUACGGAGGACCUCAAGUCGAAUUUCACCAAAACUGAAAAAAGAGGAUGAACCCAAGGACUCUGAACUAUCAGAGGCAAAGAAUGCUACUGAUAGAAAAAGGAAAGCAUCUGAGACUGAGAGUAGGAAAACUUCACCAAGAAGUGUAAGGACAAGAAAAAAGACCAGGAAGGGUGAUGGUUUGAAAAUCGUUGGACAUGGGAAGGUUGAUUUGGAGAUUGUGCCAUUUGUCCGUGCUGGUAAUGAUAGGAUAGUUGACGAAACUGUGGAGGACUCCGUGUUGGACAACACUGUAGAAGACGAUGUCACUACGGAAAUGAGUGAUGAUACCUCUGCUGUGAUAAAAUCUAAUCAGUUGAUCCCAGUGCCUGAUGAAGACCAGGUAUAUGUCGUACUCGAUCACCCACAGGAGCUGUGCCUCAGAGGAAAAUAUUCAGUAAAGACUUUGCUAGGCAGCGUUACCCUCCUUGGCUAUGACAUCAAACAAGGCUCGUCUACUGUAGAAGUGUUCUCACCAGAGAACUCAAGCCACCUUGUUAUCAAGACGAUGGCUGUCACAUCAGAGCAAACAACAAUUGUGUUGGAAUCGGAAAUAAAAUCUAAGAAGACAUUGGAAAAAGUUCGAGAGGUGCUUAAGGGAAACAGUACUGUGAUUAGAUUGGAGAAGCUAGAGUGUUCAGUGUGCGACAAAGUUUGUGUGGUUAACCCCUUCCAAUCUUUGUUUCCAAAGAGACAUACAACAGCAAAAUCAUCUGACGUUGAUGUACAGCUUUCAAAGAUUGGUCUGACUGUUGCUGAUGACAAUACUAGGAGGUGUGUUAUUGGUGAGGAGUAUGACCAGGUGGCCAAGGCUUUCUCUGCUGCAAUUCAGACUGAGGCUGUGGCACCGCCCGUAGCUGUCCUCUGUGGUGGGAAAAACGUUGGCAAGUCCACCUUGGGGAGAUUCCUCAUCAACACUGCACUAAACAGUUGUGAUGCCGUUGGAUAUCUUGAGUGUGAUGUGGGGCAGACAGAGUUCACCCCUCCUGGAUGUGUGGCUUUCAAUAUCAUCUCUAAACCAUUACUGGGCCCACCAUUCACCCAUCAAAGAAAUGCGGAGUGCAUGUAUUACAUGGGUGCCUCCUCCCCUGGUGACAAUCCAUCAUUCUACAUCGAUUGUGUGAAGAAGGUGUUUAGUGUGUAUCAAUCCAUGGUACCCAAGAUCCCUCUCAUCAUCAACACAAUGGGCUGGACUCAAGGUAUGGGCAUCCCGUUGCUGAUGGACACCUUGAGAAUAGUCGGCCCAACUUUCAUAGUGCAGCUCCAAAGUUCAAGCUACUACAGGAACUAUGCACCACUUACGACGGAGUAUGUCUUGAAGACUCCAGGAUGGAAACACACAGACACCAAGAACAGCGGUCAUGUUCACCAUGAGCACUUUAUGAUACAGUCACCUACCAACUUAGCCACGGAUGGCCAUGAGAAGUAUAAGGCAGCCGAUCACCGAGACCUCGCCAUCCUGGCCUAUUUCAGUCAUGUGCUGCCCCCUAGUGUCAGCCUGAUGAACAUCCACAGCAUCCAGCCUUACGUGUUGAAGUGGAGUUCUGUUGCAGUCCAUGUGGCUAACGCAGUCGUCCCACAAGCUCAGAUCAUGUAUGCCCUCAAUGCAACCAUUGUGGCUUUGUGCCAUGCUGAUACUUCAUUGAUGAUACAAGGAAAAGAUGAGAGACUUCCCAAGUCCUUCUCUAAAAUGCCCACCUGUGAUUGUAUAGGAUUUGGUGUAAUAAGGGCUAUUGAUCCCGUAAAGAAAGUCUUCUACAUCCUGACACCCGUCGCCAAGAAUGAGCUCCACCUGGUAAACACGAUCAUCAAGGGCGCUAUAACGAUCCCGAGCGAGUUGCUGGUCAUACCAAAAUCCAGUGUAACUCGGCCGUAUGUCGAUAAUCCACAAAACAUACUAGGAGUUAAGCCUGUCGCUAGAAAUUACUUGACGAGAAGAAAAUCACCCCACAGAGUGAAAAAAGCUUAAAGUGAAACGCUGUGGAUGUGUGGUUCACCUGAGGAUUGGGUUGACAUCAAAGUGAUACAGACUAUUGCGAGUACCAGCGUGUUCAGUUAGAGACUUAAUUUAAGACAGAAGUUGAGUUUCAAUGAUUUAGUGGACUUCAGCUGUUUCAUAACAGGCUCAUCUACACAACUGGCUUCUCGCUACAAGAGCCAGAGUUUCUCUGAUGUUAACCAUUCUUGCUUGCAUGGCUUGCUUCUGUUAACACCAAUACUUCAGCUCCAUGCUAAUGAGCGAUUUUCAUCACUGCGGCAACACUCCAAUGACAAUCAUCAUGUUGUCAUGGGUCUGUUGCAGAUUGCAGUUACCAAAACUGCUCGUUGGCUCAGCGCAUCAUGCUGAAGGCACUUUAGGUACCUCCGGACUGGCUGGGUACUGAAGUUGUUUCUGACAGUAAGGGUAAUAAUGAGGGGAGAAUCUGUGGUGGUGAGAGACACUGCCACCAAACAAACCCCAUGAAACAGGAUUCCAAAGUUCUGCCCUGUUUCUUGGAAUCAGUGACGUUUCACGGAAGUGCAUUUGCUUGGUGUUCCAACUUGUGCAUUCUUGUGCAUCAAUAUAUGAUCGAUUUCAGUAGCUUAGGGUGAAAUGACAAAAGGUCAUGGUUGAUGUUUACACAUUCACAUAAUUGAAUGUGACAGCAGGAGACUUGCUUAUAAAAAUAGUUCAUGUUGCUAAUUCAGUGUGGUUUUUGGGUUUUUGAUUCUAUGUUGGGAAAUUUGAUAGAUGUAUCAAUUGAAUUAUGUUAUGAGGCAUCUGAGGAAAUUCCUUUGUAAAGGCUCUUACUCAUCCCAACGAAUUGGUGUUAUCGUGGGGGAUAAGGAGAAUUGAAGUAAAAAAUUGUGAUUACGCAGUGCUGUUUGUCUUUCUGAGUAAUCCUUGUCUAUGACCAUCUACCAUCAAGUUUGGGUGUAACUUCAGAAUGAGGAAGUUUUGACUGGUUGAACAGGUGUGCAUUGUUGGAAAUAAUAAAGUUUUAA